AUGAGCCGGCGCGCGCGGGUUCUCGCCCCUCUGCUGGCGCUGGUUUGUGCCAGCUCUGGUGCUUUGGCUAGCAAGAAGGCGUUCAACAUUUACGAUGAUCUGCUGGCGUAUCCCCAAUUCCAAGUCUUCUUCCCCGAUGAAUACAUCCUAGAGUCACAAGCAAGGGAGUUACUCCAGACGCCACACGGGGGCGCACCAAUCCGCGAUGAGCAAUUCGACGAGUCCAAGCACGCGCAGGUAUCCCUGGGGACGAGACAAGAGGCAGGUAACGAGGAGGCGACAGACGCAGGGUUCCUGACCUACAAGGAGAUGCUCCUCGACGGGCAGCGAUACCUGUGUCAGAUCCCGCAAGUCGAAGGUGACGAUAGGAGCCAGACGAACGAGACGGAUAACCUGAACGAGGACGACGAGCAGAAGGAACUGGCCCGCGCGACGGACCGCGGCCUGGAACUCCUCCGCGAGAUGGAGGGUAAAUGCAUGUACUACAUAUCCGGAUGGUGGUCGUACUCCUUCUGCUACAAAAAGCAGAUCAAGCAGUUUCACGCGCGCCCGUUCGGGCCCGGGGUGCCCAAUUACCCUCCCCUUGAGGACCCGGCGACUCAUUCGUUUGUACUGGGUCGGUUUCCCAGCAGCAGCGGCAACGGUGGCGGCGCGGAGGACGUGGAGGGGGUCGCAGAGCACAAGAAGGCCUCCACGACGGACAUCGCUGAGCUUCAGACGAAGGGCGGAUCACGGUACCUCGUGCAGCGGCUGGGCGGAGGCACCAGGUGCGAUCUGACGGGCAAGCCUCGCAAGAUCGAGGUGCAGUUCCACUGCCAUCCGCAAUCGACCGACCGCAUUGGCUGGAUCAAGGAACUCACGACUUGCUCGUAUCUGAUGGUCAUCUACACGCCGCGGCUAUGCAACGACGUCGCGUUCUUGCCGCCCCAGCAGGACAAGCCGCAUGCGAUCGACUGUCGCGAGAUUCUAGCCGCGGAGGAAGUUCCGGAGUGGGAAUCGGAGCGGGCGUAUCAUCUUGCCCAGCAGCUCGUGGAGGCCGCAGCGACGCCUGCGUUUCCCGUCGUUGGAGACAUUGAGGUUGGCGCCCAGAAGUUAGUGGGCGGCGAGGGCAAGCAGAUCCAAAAGGGCCGAGUGGCAUCCGUGGGCGAAGAUAAGGUCGAGGUCGUGGCGAAGCGUGAGAACGGCGAGAUUCAGCGCCUAUCGAACGAAGAACUGAAGAAGUUUGGUCUUGACUCGGAGAAGUUGGAGAGGCUGAAGAACCAGAUUGAGGCGGAGGCCAAUGGGAAGGAUUGGGCUUUGGAGAUCGUUGAGUCCAAUGGAGAGCGGGGCAUACGGGGCAUCAUUGACAGCGACGAGGAUGAGGUGGACGGAGCAGAUCAGAACGCGCAAGACGCUGGGUCAGGCCAGCAUGAACAGGAAGCGGCCGCAGAGCCGGUCGUGAAAAGCACGCAGAGCACUGGGAAGGAUGCUCGUCCAGCGUCCGAGGAACAAGGAACGGUAACCGAGGAGGUCGAAGACGGCAGUGAGGAGGUUUUCUACAAGGAUGAGCUAUAG